AAAUGCGCGGCACUGCAGUUACUGCUCCCACACCUCCUCCGACUCUUUCUAACUCUCUCUUUCUCUCUCUCCAAACUUUUCUCUCUCUCUCUCGAAUCUGAUGUGCUUAUACUCCUUUUUCCAAUGUUUCCGUGAGAUAGAUGUUGGAAAGAAAUGGAUGUGAAGAAGAGCAAAGAGAUCACAACAACGACACAACAACAAUUCUAAGAUCUCUCUCAGAAGCUUGUUUUCUGGCUUGCAAUGGGCAAGAAAGGAAGCGGCUGGUUUUCGAGCGUCAGGAGAGUUUUCAAACCUUCCUCCAAGGAACUGCCUGAGAAGAAGAAAGACAAUGGAGAGAAAUGGCAACAUCAGCAGGCACCAGAGGUUCUGUCAUUUGAGCAUUUUCCUGCAGAGAGUUCUCCGGAGGAUGCCACGAAUGAUGAGAGUGAUGAGUUGUCUUCGGUGACUGGGGAUCGAAAUCAUGCCAUUGCUGUUGCGGUUGCAACUGCUGCUGCUGCAGAAGCUGCAGUUGCAGCUGCCCAAGCAGCAGCUAAAGUUGUUCGACUGGCCGGUUAUGGGCGCCACUCUAAGGAAGAAAGGGCUGCAACUCUCAUUCAAUCAUAUUACAGGGGAUACCUAGCUCGGCGUGCUCUGCGUGCUUUGAAAGGAUUGGUUAGGCUACAAGCACUUGUCAGGGGGCAUAAUGUGCGCAAGCAAGCACAGAUGACAAUGCGGUGCAUGCAAGCACUUGUUCGUGUGCAGGCUAGAGUAAGAGCACGCAGACUGCAAUUAACACACGAGAAACUUCAGAAGAAGGUUGAGGAAGAAGAAAGACUAGCAGCAGAGGAAGAAAAGCAAAAGCCAAGGAGCCCAGUGAAGAAGUUUGAAGACUAUUGGGAUGGCAGGAAUCAAAGCAUGGAGAAAACUAUGGAAACUGGUAUGAGAAAACAUGAUGGGGUGAUGAAAAGAGAGAGAGCUCUAGCUUAUGCUUUUAGCUACCAGCAGCAGCAACAACAACAACAAUUGUUGCAAUCAGGCUUGAAUGGUAACGAUUCUGGAUUCUAUGCCAACGAACAUGAAAAGGCACAAUGGGGAUGGAAUUGGCUUGAACAUUGGAUGGCAUCACAACCGUACCAUGCCCGAAACUUGGGGCCAAGGGAGAGCUCCUAUAUGACACUCACCACCACUGAUGACAACUCUGAGAAGACUGUUGAAAUGGACUUGGUAGCACCAUUGGGCUCAGAAAAUAUCAAUAUGGGCCGGAUGAGUGGGGACCCGAUUGAAUCGGGUCAGUACCCAAACCGACAGCAGAGGAAUUUGGGCUUGGAUAGUGUCCCAAGCUAUAUGGCCCCAACCCAAUCUGCAAAAGCCAAGGUGCGCAGUCAGGCCUCAGCGGGGAGGCAACAUAACCCACCAGUGGCCCAGUGGAACCCAUCAACAAAGAGAGGAACAACUGUUGGGUCCGGUUGUGACUCGUCAAGCUCGGGUGGAGGCAUGGCCCAUUAUCAGGUAGCAAGAAGCCUAAGCCCGAAAAAUGAUGGGCUGAGAGUUCAAGGUAAGUGGAUUGCAGGGUAUAGCCCAGAUUCUAGUGGGGAUGAGAGAGCACUGCAUUUGGGUGGUCACGGAUUGUGUUGAGUGAACUUUAUAAUGUGUGAUAUUGUAUAUGGCAUUUUCCUUGAGUAUAGGUGUGAUAUUGUCACUUCUUUAUAUGCCAUAUAUACAUUGUAAUUUAUUAAUAUUUUUAUUUGGUAAAACGAUGUUGCAAACAACCCAUGCAGGGGUUUUGAUAAUAUUUAUUGUGGUAUGUAAUUCUAUUUUUUAGAGUA